GCCUUCAGGGGGCGGGAGAGAUACUGUACAAACUCUUGGAAAUCUGCUCUCCGGUCAAGUGCGGUAGAGGCGUAAUCAGGAGGGAACAGGGCUGAAGCGCACUGUGCCACAGAGAGCUUUGGAUAUUGAUAAGCCUGUGACGAGGCAGCGGACAGCAAACUCCCAUUGUAGGCUACGUACCACACUUGUGUGGCGCUUCAUAUAGAGGCGCGCCGUGCGUUAUAAAGGAGAGAAUAACCUCGUGUAGGCUACAACGCGUGGAAAAAGGAAAAUAAAAAAGGGAUUUUAAUCAACUUGAAGAGUUUUGAUGUCUCGAGGGAUAACCUAGCAUUAGCCUGUAUUAAUGUGUAGUAUAAAUAACAUUUUACUAAUCUAGUCUAGAAUAUUGUUUGUUUGUCAACUUUGUCUGAUAUAUACAAGUAAUUUAAAAUGUUUGAAGAUUUUUUUUCUCAUUAUAUUGAUUAUUUUGUAGGAUAAUGUAAGAUGUUUAUUUUAAAGCCAUAGGCUAUAACAUUGGGCGUUUUAAUUUCGCACCUGGACUUUUAAUGUAUCGACUGGUGCCUUAAAAACAUUUUUAAAUUGUGUGAUACCAAACAGUCUGAGACUAUCAUCACGCCUGCAGGAGAUUAUUGUGUUUGGAACACACCACAAACACUUCCUUGGGGAUUUAAAGACAUCAAUUGAAAAUGGACCAAAUCAUCUUCAAAAAAGUCGCCUUACUCCUCUAGUGGAAUUUCGAACUGGGUGGACGUUCUGUGUGGGAAGCGUAUCGUUGAGCAGGCUACAAUUGCUAAUUCACUGGAUACUUUGCUGAGACGACAAGUGUAGGUGUCCGUCCACUUGCAAGGCAAGGAGUUCCAAUUCCACAGAGCGAGCCGCUGUCCCCACGCCUAGUGCUGAGGGAGAGGCUCGUGCUGUUUCCAUAAAUGCUUGGUCUAUCGCGGAGAAUCCAGCCUGGGCAGCAAGAUGAGCUCGUGGGUUUGGGUUCGGGUUCAGCUGCUCGCGUUGCUUGCGGCAUGUCUGCGGUGGGGCAGCGCAGAGGGGGAUCCUCUCCCUCCAGGUUUGGUGGAGCUGGUUAGGAGCAACCCUAUCUCUUCCAUAGAGGACCUGCAGCUGCUGCUGCUCAGUGACUCCGUAGAUGAGGAUUUCUCGGACGAUUUUUUGCCGAGUGGACAACACUCCAACAACACUAGCAACCGAUUGCCAAGGAGUCUGGACGCCCAGCCGGCUCAGCAGGCACUAUGUAAGGUGAGGACAGAGGUGAUGGAGGUGACCCGUGCCAUGUUGGACCGCAGCAACGCCAACUUCAUGUUGUGGCCUCCCUGUGUGGAGGUACAGCGAUGCUCUGGCUGCUGCAACACCAAGAGCCUGCAGUGUGUCCCCGUGCUGACCCACACCAGGCACCUACAGGUGAUGAAGAUCCAGUACGUGGACAAGCGGCCCAACUACUCCAAGGCAGUCGUCUCGGUCCACGACCACGUGGAGUGUCGCUGCCAGCCUGCCCCUCGUCCCCCGGCCGCCCCCAAGAAGAAGUCCACGCCCCGCAGACAGCAGAAAGACAACAAAGGAGAGGGCCAUCCAGCCACGGCCAGAUCCAAGGAGGAGCUGCACCGCAGAGAUGAGCUGAAGCACAACCAGAGGAUCCAGCUGGAAGACCUGCUGGACCAGCACUGGAACCCCAAGGACACCUCCUCAGACGCAGGGGAGAGGAAAGGGGGCUAUGGGCUGGACCAUGACAAGAUGGAUCCUCAGUGGGUGCUUAACGCUACCAGACAGCUGGGGGAUAACGAGUGGACCGAACCUCGACAUCACGAUGACAUGGAGGAGGGGAGAGACAGUAGUAGUGUCAACGGCACUACAACCGCAAUGGACAUCGACAUGGCACAGCUUGACCACGAGAAAAGAGACAGGGUCGAGACGCGUGGGGACUCGCUAUUUAACAUUACUGAGGGAAAUGUCAGUAGGGGAGAUAGGCAGCAGGGUAGUCUGAGCCUCAGCGAAGAGGAGGGAGACCAAGAGACACAGAGACAAGCCACACAAACACAGAGUCCCUCGCUACGCACCAACACAUCAAAGCAACAGCGACAUGGGACCAACUCCUCCUCAGAGGAAACCAAAAGCAGAGAGGGAGCCAAUCAAAGAACAGAACAGCAAUUCCAUCCUACGGAGGAAACCAAUCAGAGGCCCGAGAGCAGAUUCCCUCCCCUUGAGGAAGCUGAUCAAAGACGUAAAGACAAUGAGACCCCUGAUUCAGAGAGGAGCCUCCAGCACGCUCUCCAACUGGAACAGGAGAAGCUAGAGGAGGAGAGGAAGGAGCUGUUGUUACUCCACAGGAGGCUGGACGAUGAGAAGGAGCUCCUGAGACGCGAGCAACAGAAAGAACAGCAAGAAGAAGAGGAGCAGCAGUACCAUCGGCCUAAUCAUAAACAUCAAACUCAAACCACCACAAAAAGAACAGACACAGUUUCGCCCACAUCGACGCGAGCGCCCUCAGUCCUGGCUGGUCCCCGGCCACCUGCUCGGCCCGGCCCAACUAGGAAGAGAAUGAGGAAGAACAACCGCAAGCGUAUCAGCAAGGCUGCAAUGAGAGCAAUGCUAAUGUAGAACCUACAAUCUCUCUGAAGGGAGUGAUGCUCUCUGUGUUUGUUGUGGACAAUCCAGUGGCGACACCGAGCAGUUCAUUCCUUUCUUAUGAGUUAAUAUUCGAGUGUCAGUAACCUGCUCGUCCUGUGACCGUGAGGUAUUCCCUAAUAGUACUAAUGAUUGUCUGGUGAACCCAAAACAAACCCUUGGGCGGAAAGAAAUAUGGGACAAGAAGAAUGGGAUGUAAAUACAUACGAGGUUGAGGUGAUCCAUCAACAUAUGUCUGAUCCAUCAACAUAUGUCUGAUCCAUCAACAUAUGUCUGAUCCAUCAACAUAUGUCUGAUCCAUCAACAUAUGUCUGAUCCAUCAACAUAUGUCUGAUCCAUCAAAAGAUGAUCUCCUAUUAACAACAAGAUGUUCCCCCAGUCGGAUCAAGAACCGUGGAACGUCGGAACAGAACAUUCAAACCACAUUAGAACUUUGGAACAGAUCAUUGGAACAACAUUAGAACUUUGGGAGAUAUCAUCGGAACACUGGAUGAACGUUGGAACGUUCACAAGGAUGUUGGACUGUCGUUGGACUCAGUGCUAUUGGACCUCCCUCGUGACUUUUGAACAGCAUAGUAAACCACUCCAGUCAGUAGAGAUCAAGUCGGUUAAAAACUCUUCACAUUCUCAUCCAAGGCAUGGUUUAUUAUCCCAAGAAGUGGACAGAUCAUGCUUGUCAAGAAGACCAAAGAGAGAGAGCAUUUUUAUGUCAGUUCCCUAUGAGCACAAGACGUUGUUUUUUCCUUUGAAAAUACUUUUAAAAAAAAUACAUAUUUCAAAAAUGUUGCUUCCUGGGUUCUGACAUGGAAGAAGACAUUUUAUUUUUCGGACUAGAAAGGUACAAUGAUAGAGGACCGGGAAAAUACCAUGGCAAGCAGAUAUUACAGGGACAAUGGGAAUGAAAUUAUGACAUUUAUAUGAGCUAGGACUGUUGGAAUGACUGGUAGUCUUGACUGAUGUGUGCAGUAUCCCUACAAUUGUGCUUAAGCUGCUCUAUAUGUUCUAGUCUAUUCCUGCACUAAGGAAGGUCAAUAGAACUACGCAGCAAAGAUAUUGCAUGUCUCAAUAGUUACACAAUGUAGAAUCUCGUUUUUCUAUACACAUAUUUAAUUGUAUUUAAUUUGAUCUAAAACACUGGAAUUCCAUCAACAACAAUGCACAGGUUUGCAUUCUCAUGUUCAGCCGAGGCUUCCACACUUCUUUCGGAGAAUGGGAUUAAAACAAGAUACAAGGUGCUAAAAACAGGGUUGCAUUACACCUUUAUGUCUGUCUUUAACAUGAUGUAUUCCUUAUAUCACAUAGGUCUCAUGUCUUCAUUUUCAAUAGGAUUACUGCAUAUGAAGCAUUUUGGGGGUUGAAUAUCGAUCCCUGUUCCGGUCUCAAUAUAAUUUGAGCUGUCAGCCUUUGUGCGCACAGACCAUAGCCCAGAUUCAAUCAGAUCAAGCGUUAUGUUUUGGCUGUGUCAGAGGAGGAACUGCAUUGGAGCUGUCAAAUUGGCCCGAAGUUCAGAACAAGAAAGUGGCGGCUAUAUAUAAAUAAUUACGCUCAGGUUGAAAACUGAUUAAUCAAAUGAUGGGAUUUUCAUCAUCCUAAUGGAGGUGUAGAUUACAUCUCACAUUCCAGUGUUCCAACUUGCUAACAAGGCUGCAUAGGAUUUCUGUUCGUGAGACUCAGCCAAUGGCAAUGUCCGCUUUAGGUAUUAACGCCGGGGACUCAGUUCCACCUCUGACACUGCCAAAACAACCGCCAUGGGAAUGUUGGCUAAAGCGGACACGGAUCUGAUCGAAUUGAGCCCAAUGUAACUACAAAGAAAAGCUUUGAAAAAGGGGAAAAGGUGUUGCCUGCCAUUCACUGUCUGUAUGAUAGACAGGUUAUGGUAAUGAUUUUGUGUUGUCGUAUAGCUCUGUGUGUCAGUGUGGUUGUGCGUGUGUAUGUGCCUGUCUGUGCCCGCGCGUGUGUGCAAUAUGCGUGUGGGUAUGCCCGUGUGAGAGUAUAUGUAAGUAUGUGAACAGAAUCAUAUUUAUGUAUUUGAUCGCUAACACUCAUGAGUCCAUAAAUCAGAUAGUCCCUUAUUCUUAAUGCUCACUGCUAACCAGUCCUUGUCUGCAUAGGGAACAGUAGAGCAUCAGACCUUCUGUAUCCUGAGGCUGCGUUGCUUUAUUUCAUUUAUUUGGUGAAUAAUCUAACACUACAAUUUGAAGAGAAGAAGUGCCCCGAUAAAAAUGUCAGAAGUUAAAAGCAGCAUGGGCCAGAUGUGUCAAGCAAAGAAGCUCAGUGCUUGUGUGUGGGCCACUGCUGGUCCACUGUCAGGUAAAGUGUUCUCACUUCAAAUAGCCUAACUACCAGACAAACUUAUUUUAAAUAUUGAAAAUGUGGCAUGUGUCAUAAUGCCUUCUUUCAACUGUAAUUAGUUAUUGUCUGUUUUGUUAUGAGUUAUCAAAAAAUGAAUGUUGUGAUAAUGGCCACUUAAUUCUAUUUUGAUAUGAUUAUAAAAAAACAUAUGUGAGAAAGUA